AUGGAUGUGACAAUGGCAAAUAUCCAUGGCUCUACGGAGACUUUUACCCGUGGACGAGACCUUGUCAAGACCGUACGAUCACUCGACCAAACCGGACCGGGAAAUGAUGGUGAACAUAUUGAGCGCGCCUGGACUCUUCUCACCUCCGUUAGUUCCAGUCACUUCUACGCCGCCGAGGAGACUGUGCUGCGAUGGCUUCUCAAGUCUAUGAAGACGAACAACGACGCCGCCGACACUCUGCGAAGAUUUCCCUUGACAUGGCGGAUCCUAGGCUGCACAUUUCAAAGGAUACCUCUAUUCUCUCUCGCGAAAUCUCUCGCCGAUCGAAAGUUUAUGGCCAUCCUGCAACAGACUCUCAAGAGCAUCUCGAAACCGGUCACACUCAAGGAUGCUGUCCCCGCGCCAUCGUCGAAGAAGAGGAAGAGAACACCCGAGGUUAUAUUCGAUCUCGAAGCUUUGAAGACACGGGACGGCUGUAUAAGCACGGGAGACGCGGUUCUGGGAGCGCUCCGAAUCCUUCUAGCUCGUGUUGAUGGAGCCGCACAUACGUCCCAGAAUGAACGCAUGGGCGCGGAGCACAUCAAGGGUCUCUUCUCGCAACCUGCCAGUGAUGUGGUAACCUACCUGGCGCCCAUCCUUUCGCUGUGCGAAUACUCAGCUACCAGCGACCUGAGCUGCGCCGAAACGCAAGAGAAUUGGAUUCACACACUGUCCGCGAUAUGGAACCUGCGACUACAAGGGCAGGCCGAUGGCUUGGAGGUAGCUCUCUACCUUUCGCGAUCUGCCUUUGGCCUCCUGGGAAAGCUGACUGGGCUGGCAAUCGAUGUCGACAUCACACUUGAGGACCGUGUCAAGUCUUCUUGGGUACAACAACUAGAGAGCUUCAUGCAUCGCAAUCUUUUUCUUCCUGCAAAAUCGGCUUUUCUCAAUCGAAAGGACCUCGAAGCACCCAUCCGGGCAGUCGAUAUCUCUAGACCUAUCGCCUCAGUCGCGGGCCCCGUGUUCUUUCACUUGGCGUCCACAACACCCCGGAUUCUCUUCGGGCCAAGCGCAUCGACGUCUGAAGAGGACUGGGCCAAGGCAACAUUCAAGUUGGCGCGCGACAGCUUGGCCGACCUGACCCCACAGAAGAAAUCCACGACUCUGAAGAUCAUGCUUGGCGAAGCAAUCGCCAACAGGUCAAAUAUUGACUUAGCAGAUCUUCGCGCCCUGUGCAAGGACCACGCUCUCGGCAGCGAUUCCACAGACUGGCAGGCCUUGUCACUCGUGGCACAGUGCGACCCCGAUGUUUUCCUUCUUACGGACGAUGGGGCUCUAUUGUUGAACACGGUUGCGGACCGGCUGCUGCAACCACAAUCUUCCCUAGGCGGUGAAGAAGAUCUAGAGGCUGUGCGUGCGUUGUUCGACUGCAUAAUUGGUGGCUACGAGAAGGCUCGCGACUUGUCUUCCUUUUUGAGGAAGUGGUUUGAGCAACUCGUCAAGUGCGACGCUUCUUCACUAUCGGAUGCAACGAACCGGUCAGCCUGGUUUUCUUCGGCAGUGCAUCGCAGUUCUCGCCUGACAACAGCCAUCGAAAAUUCUCUUACACCAAAGCAGCUCCUGAAUGUGCUGCAAUGGGUUGAAGAGCAAGCAAGCGUCCUGCCGGCGGCAACUCUGGUUUUCCUCGACACAAUUGCAGCUGCUCUGAAGAGUGACGACUUUGUAGAUGUAGUGCAAUUGAGGCUCUUCGAUCUCAUGCAGGAUGCUUGGCUGUCAGAUACUCUGCCUUCGGACCUCCUCGCUCUUCGCUGGCCAAUCGUCGCGAGCACGGUUUCCUGGGUCAACAAUGAGGAGGCUUCCAAGAUUCGAUCGAAGGUGCAGUCCGAACUCAAGAAGACCUUGGCCAAGGGCAAGCUGGAAAAUCCCGACACGCUCGAGGCUUUCCGUGCCGCCACUCAGCUUUGGCUGUCAGCCUUCCCAGAUGGUGAGGAUGUAGCGGAGCUUGCUGCACUACUCGGAUCUUUCGCCGACCGAUUAGCAAAGCAACUUCGAAAGCUAAAGCCAGCGUCCCUUGAAAUACCAUGGGACCCGUUUGCUGUCCAGCUUUCAACACCGGAGACUAGGCCAACCGCAUCCUCUGUUACGAUUACGUCCUAUGUGGACUUUGCCUUGGGAGAAGCGUCACGGUUCCUGCCUCUUGUUAGCGAAAACGCCGACACAUUACCAGAGUUUUUGCGGCAUAUCAUUGCCUUUUCCGAUGACAAAGACGCCGCGCCGCAAGAGUCAAAGCAGCUGUCAAGUGCUCUGAGUGCUGUGCUCUCGAACGAAAACGUGUUCCACGAGGCCAGACUCACAACAAAAGUCAUCGACCACGUCAUCGAGGCCUUGACGUGUGGUUCGAAGUCCUCCCCCUGGGAAGAUGCAAGCACAAGCGCAGCGCUCAAAGCCCUGAUCGACACACCCAACGAGUUGCUUUCGAGAGCCCAGCGAGAGAGAAUCAUGGAGACGCUCAUGCUGCAACGUCGCAAGAUGAAGAGCAAGACCGAAAAGGUGUCAGCCUCUACAUGGAAUCUCGUCCUCGGUCUGAUGGUCAAGGUGAUGCAGAGGUCGACAUUCUACGAAGGCAUGUCAUUUUCUGAUCUCACUGCCCUCGCCACAAGCGCAUCCCCGGCCAUAGCCGACAUGGACCCAAAGACCGCGCUUGGCACAUCUCGCUUGAUCUGCGAGCUGUCCACUUUGACGAUCCGCCAGAUCAAUGACCACUACGAGGAGUGGGGUGCCAAGUACUUCAAGAAGGCCGGCCGUCACCUGGACAAGAACGAGGAGGAGUCCUCAGAUGAGAUUCUGAAAUUGGCAGUCCUCAAAGCACUGGUCAAGGUCCUGUCGGGUUCCGGCAACUUUGAAGGCGACGAUGCUUCGCUCGACCUUUCCGACGUCCGUGGACGUCUUGCGACCAUUGUCAAGGGUAUCCUUGACGCGUACGCUCGCGAGUGGCGCUCUUCCAACGACCGGGCAGCUGUUAACAAGCUCCUCGUCGCCAUCGAUGCUGCCGAAGGACUUCCAAGCGACGCACUGGAAGGGCUGAAGAUUGACAUCAAGGCGCUCGAGGAGGCAAGCGCCGACGCCGUGUCUCAGGGAUAUCUUCGUGGAUGGCAUCUCAGGACCUUCCUCAUCGGCAACUUUGCGCCUCUGCUUGCUCAGCCGCGACCGACUGACUUUCGCCUGCUGUUCCAGUCUGAUGACGCGAGCGAGGGGACGGGCAGCAUCCCUGACGUGGUAUCGGCAAGCAGCUCACGCGAGACGACAAAUGCGUGCGUCGACGCCAUCGUCCGUCGGAUGGGACGCAGCGAGAAGCUGCAGUACCUCGAGAGCCUGCUCGAGGAGCUCGACGAAGGACAGGCCGUGGAUGGACAGCUCCUGGCUAUCCACCAAGUUGUCGUUCGCCUGACCGACGAACAAGGUUCAUCCGAAAAGACCACGUCGUUUGAUCUGGCGACGGCCCACAGCAAGCUCACCGCGCGGCUGGCCAAGACGACGUCAGCCCGCGCGUUCUGCCGGACCGCCGACGUCGCCCGCCUGCUUCUCGACCAGCGUGCCACUUUGAUGACGCAGUGGAACAUUGAGACGACGCUCGGCGCUGUCUCGGUCAUGGCCUCCGGCGGAGGCGGCGUGGCCGUGUCGUCGUCGCCGCGCGUCUACGAAGCCCUCUGCAGCCUCGUGAGCGUCGUGAUCCGGCGCCACCGCCUCCGCCUCGAGGACCACUACCACAUCCUCCUGUCGACGCUCGAGGCGCUGCUGCGCGCGCUCGUCCACGAUGCCAGCAAGGGCGCGGCGGCGACGCUCGGCAGCCGGCACGCGACGCUGUACGGCCGGCUCGUGACGCUCGUGACGGAGCCGUCGGUGGCGUCCGUGUCGCGGGCGCAGCACGUCGGCGCGCUCGACUCGGCGACGGACGCGGCCAAGAAGACGGCCGGACGGCACGUGUACCUCGUGCUCAUGCAGUAUGUCAAGCUGCAGCUCGAGGUGGACGUGCCGCACGGCGUGCGCGAGGCGCUGGAGCCGGGGAUGCACUCCAUCUUUGACGUGACGCCGUCGGAGGUCCGGAAGAUUCUCAACGACGCCAUGGACGCCAGCGGCAGGGCGAUUCUGCGCGAGAUGUUUAAGCGGUACACGCAGUUUGGCAAGUGGAGCGGCGUGUAG